ACGGUGUGGCGUAACCCCAUCUGUGCUCCCGUUCAACUCUACAGCAACUCUUGCGCACACAGCGCAGUUUACGUUCAUCGGUCGGAGUGACAAAGAGAACGAGCACAGAUAGACCGAGAAGAAAUAAAAAAGGAAAUUUCUGAAUUACCGUGGGGAUUCUGAGCACCGUUUCCUUUCGGAACCUCACGCGUGGCUCAUUUCUUGCAUUACCCGCGUAUAUCUUGGAUUUCUUAUUUGUUCAUCCAUGUGCAUGGAGUUAAGUGGCUCGAGAAGGAUAGCAGGCUUGAAAUUGGGCAAUUGGAAAAUUCUCAGUAUCGUUGGUUAGAGCAAGGAAGCCGCCAUGGCUGGUGCUACAGGAUCGCCGGGUCUCCACCUCAGUAUAUGAAAAAUACUGAAUGGUGAUGAAAAACCACUUCAGUUUCUCAGCCUCGUGAGGGUAUUUUAGACACGGACUGUGUUCUUUGUGUAAAUCUCUGUUCCAGUCAGAGAGAAAGAAACAGACGAGGAUCGGUGGGUUUUGUUUCGGGGGAAACUGGGAAAAGGCCCAUUUCAUGAGCGAAUAUAUCUGAGGUUUCAUCCCUGAAGACGAUACUAAUAGUAACAGAAAAGCGACCCCGAGGAAAAUGAUCUGAAAGCGCUUGAGAGCUCACUGAAGAAAACGUUCGCGGACAGCCGGGUUGCUUUCGCACCAUUUUCCUUAUUAUUUAAGUCGGAGGCAAACUGCUUGCCGUGAGUCGAAACGGAUUCGUUCAAGACAACCGAGCGUAUUUUACUCUGAGAGACGCGUGGGAUUUCGGAUUGGAAAAUGUCUGGUCGGCCCAGAACCACCUCCUUCGCAGAGAGCUGCAAGCCAGUGCCGCAGCCGUCGGCAUUUGGCAGCAUGAAAGUCAGCAGAGAUAAAGAUGGCAGUAAAGUGACCACAGUGGUGGCGACCCCUGGACAAGGACCUGACCGGCCGCAGGAGGUCAGCUACACCGACACCAAGGUCAUCGGGAACGGCUCUUUUGGCGUGGUCUAUCAGGCCAAGCUCUGUGACUCAGGAGAACUGGUGGCCAUUAAAAAGGUCCUUCAGGACAAGCGGUUUAAGAACCGUGAACUUCAGAUCAUGAGAAAACUGGACCACUGCAACAUUGUGCGUCUGCGUUACUUCUUCUACUCCAGUGGAGAUAAGAAGGAUGAGGUGUAUCUGAAUUUGGUUCUGGACUACGUCCCUGAGACCGUCUACAGAGUGGCGAGACACUACAGCCGCGCUAAGCAGACCCUUCCCAUGGUUUAUGUGAAGUUGUACAUGUACCAGCUCUUCAGGAGUCUGGCCUACAUCCAUUCCUUUGGGAUCUGCCAUCGGGACAUCAAACCGCAGAAUCUUUUGCUGGACCCAGACACAGCCGUGCUCAAACUCUGUGACUUUGGCAGUGCUAAGCAGUUAGUACGUGGGGAGCCCAAUGUUUCCUACAUAUGCUCACGGUACUACAGAGCCCCCGAACUCAUCUUUGGAGCAACCGACUACACCUCUAGCAUAGACGUGUGGUCAGCUGGCUGCGUGUUGGCGGAACUGUUGCUAGGACAACCAAUUUUCCCUGGCGACAGCGGAGUGGAUCAGCUGGUGGAAAUCAUCAAGGUGCUGGGCACUCCCACACGGGAGCAGAUUCGGGAAAUGAACCCAAACUACACCGAGUUCAAAUUCCCGCAGAUUAAGGCCCACCCAUGGACUAAGGUGAGUAAACAGGUGUUUCGGCCACGCACGCCUCCUGAAGCCAUUGCGUUGUGCUCGCGGCUGUUGGAAUACACCCCGACUGCUCGGCUGACCCCACUAGAGGCCUGUGCUCACUCCUUCUUUGAUGAGCUGCGGGAUCCCAAUGUCAAACUUCCUAAUGGGCGUGAGAAACCAUCCUUAUUCAACUUCACAACUCAAGAGCUGUCCAGUAACCCAUCCCUGGCCUCUAUCCUAAUUCCUGCUCAUGCACGUAACCAGGCAGGAGCCUCUACCCCCACCAACGCCUCUGCCACUUCAGAUGCCAAUAUUGGAGAUCGCAGUCAGACCACAACUGCAGCCUCUGCCUCCGCCUCCAACACGUCAACCUGAGAGCCUUAGCCAAUCAGACCUGACCCUGCCUCUGAGGCCACGCCCACCCCACUGCUCACCAGCUUAAUGGGCAGGAAUUGAGUCACGCAACCACCACUCUUAUUCAGACUGCAAGAGCCAACCUUCAUUUACAUCUUUUUUUUAAAUUUUUUAUUAAGUUCAGAAAUAGAUCAAAAUUACAUGUGUGGAAAUGCCUCGUCGGGUGUUAUUUUCGAGAAUGACAGAGACCGAGAAAAAGAGAGAGCAGUGAGGAAACGGGUCGGUAGGGCGGGGGGUGUUUAACCAUAAAACCUGGUCCAUGACCAGCCACAACUUUUUUUUUUUUUUCAUUCUCAGAGGACAAUCUUGUUAUGUAAGCAAUCCGGUAGCCAGAUCCAUCCACUUCCGUUUUCAUUUGGGCACCCCUUCUCUCACCUGGACCGUCUCUAGCUACACGUUCUGUCCCUUUAUCCUGUCCUGGGCCUUUAAUAGUGCAUGGCUUGAAUUUGGUUGGGAGCACCCCUUGUAUACAGUAUAUAUACAUAUAGCGUGUAUAUACAUAUAUAUGUAUAUGUAUUGGGUGAAAACGAUGCAAGCAUUCAAAACUACAAGAAAUACCAUAUCUAAUCGUAUCUAACAAACACAAGGCACCGUACAAGUGGUAUAAAUAUAAAAACCACAUGUUCCAACCACAAAGACAAGAGAGAAAUACUCUGUUACAGGGUUUUAAGUCGGCUGAAUCUGUUUUAUCUUGUUUUAUAAAAUGGGCGGGCUAUAGGGCAAGGGCAGACAUUUUGAUUGACAGGUGAGACGUGCGUCUCCAUCUCUGUGUUCUUGUAUGAUAUAUACAUACACAGUUUAUAUAUUACUUUGCAUUAUGUAAAAUAAAUAUAUAUAUAUAUAUAUAUAUAUAUAUAGUUAUAUAUAGAUCUAUAUCUAGCAUCAUCGGUUCAGAAUACAUCAUUUUUUUCAGCGCAGCGGCUGACCGAAAUGAUACAGUAUAUGUAUGACUAAGCGUCUUCUCUGCUGUUUUCUGUUAGCCUGGUAGAAUUAGAGAUCACCUUCUGUCCUGGUUUGCUCUCGUUAUUUAUUGUCGCGUGCGCGUCAGUGUCGUAACGCUCAGAUUCAUUGUUCUUAUCCACACAGCUAAAUGUAAAGAACACAUGAAGAAACGCAUCGAUGUGGCGCCGGCUUCACAGAGACUGUGUUUGCGCUCCAUUCACAGUGGCUGUGUUAUUUUAACCACUACUUUUUUCUUGUCAUGUCUCAGCGUAACUUACAGAAAAAUUUACUUUUUUCUUUCCCAAAAUGUCUUAAUACGCAAAGUAUAGCAGUAUAAGAAAACGACAGACGUGUAUAUACAGUACAGCACAGUUGCUCCUCACCAAAUUCUGGCUUUUACUUCUUAUGUUUUGAUUUUUGUAUAAUUUGUGAGCGCGUGUGAGUGAGUGAGCGUUCUGCUAUGUACAUAAAUAUGCUGACCUGAGAACUGUUCAUGAGCGAAAACAAAGACGAGGGAUUAAAUGAGAACGGAUCAAAGAAAAAAAAGUCAAAAAAUU